AUGGCAAUGCAGCCUGACACCGUCGACCUUGAGAGGAACGACCCCCAACCGCACACCACCGUCGCCAACACAGUCGUCUCCUCAUUCGCAUGGCACGACCUCCACGUCCAGGUCAAGGACCGCCAGACGGGCGCCCCCAAGGCCCUCCUCGAUAAUGUGUCCGGCGUCAUCCGCGCCGGCGAGCUUCUCGCCAUCAUGGGCCCCAGCGGCUCUGGCAAGUCCACGCUCCUCAACGCCCUGGCCCACCGCGUCGCCGCCGGCGGCGCCACCACUACGGGCGACAUCCUCAUCAACGGCGCCAAGGCGUCGAUGCGCUCCAUCCGUGACCUGUCCGGCUACGUCGAGCAGGAGGAUGCCCUGAUCGGCAGCCUGACCAUCCAGGAGACCAUGAUGUUUGCGGCCCGCAUGGCCCUGCCCUCGAGCGUGACCAAAAGAGAGGCCUUGCGUCGCGUCGACGAACUCGUUGUCAGCUUUGGACUGCAGGCGCACCGGCACACCAUUGUCGGCACGGCGAUCAAAAAGGGGCUCAGUGGAGGCCAGAAGAAGCGACUCAGCGUGGCGAGCCGGCUCGUCACGGAUCCCAAGAUCCUCUUCCUCGACGAGCCGACGAGUGGUCUGGACUCGACGCUCAGCCUCGAGGUGUGCUCCUAUCUCCGAGAGAUUGGUCGAAAGUACAAUAUCGCCAUCAUCGCCUCGAUACACCAGCCAUCCACAGCCGCUUUCCAGCAGUUUGACACCCUCUGCCUGCUCUCGGGCGGCCGCACGUGCUACUUUGGGCCCACGGCGCAGGCCACCAACUACUUUGCCACCGCGGGCCACCAGAUCCCGCCCGAGACGAACUCGGCCGAGUUCUUCCUCGACCUCAUCAACACCGACGUCGACCGGGACGGCCGGAUCCGCCAGCAGACCGACCGCCUGGUGGAAAUGUGGUCCACGUCCCAGGGUCAGAGGGACGUCCAGCUCGCCAUCGAAAAGGCCACCGAGUCGCCCAUGCCCGUCGCCCACCGCGCCGUCGAGAAGCCAAAGCCGUGGACGGUGCUGUUCGCCCUGCUGCACCGCUCGUGGAUCAAGUCGUACCGCGACAUCAUCGCCUACGGCAUCCGCGUCGUCAUGUACCUGGGCCUCGCCAUCAUGAUGGGCACCGUCUUCCUGCGCUUCGGCGACAACCAAAAGUACGUGCAGCCGUACAUCAACGCCAUCUUCUUUGGUGGCGCCUUCAUGUCCUUUAUGGCCGUGGCCUAUGUGCCCGCCUUCCUGGAGGAUCUGAGCACGUACCAGCAGGAGCGCGCCAACGGCCUCGUCAGCCCGGGCGUGUUUGUGCUGGCGAAUUUCAUCAUCGGCCUGCCCUUCCUCUUCCUCAUCACCGUCCUCUUCUCCAUCGUCACCUACUUCCUCGUCGGCUUCCGCGAAGAUGCCUCGGCCUUUUUCAUGUGGGUCAUGUGGCUCUUCCUCGACCUGCUGGCGGCCGAGUCGCUCGUGGUGCUCGUGUCGUCCAUCUUCAACAUCUUCGUCGUCGCGCUCGCCGUCACUGCGUUCUGCAACGGCCUGUGGAUGUGCGUCGGCGGCUUCCUCGUGCCCAUGGACAUUCUGAACCCGUUCUGGAAGUACGUCUUCCACUACAUCAACUACCAGGCCUACGUCUUCCAGGGCAUGAUGGUCAACGAGCUGCAGAAGCGCACGUACACCUGCGACGAGUCGGCGCCUGGGCAGUACCAGUGCAGCUACCCCAGCGACCUCAAUGCCGAGGGCAAGUUUCGCGGCACCAACGUGCUGCAGCGCUUUGCGAUCAACACGGGGCUCCAGGGUACGUGGGUCGGCAUCAUGAUUGGCAUCAUUGCUGGGUACAGGAUCUUGGCGUAUAUUGUCCUGCGACUGCGCAAGUGA